AUGACAAUGGAUCCCACCGUCCGCGAGGUUGUCGAAAAUGUGCAGCCUCGACAUCUUCCCCCACAUCGCUCUCACGACCCCUCCAACAACCUCAAGCGCAGCGACCCCUUCAUGUUCGGCUCGCGCUACCUCGAAGAAGGCGACAACGUCUUCGAGUUCAACGCAUGGGACCACGUCGAGCCCGACGACGAAUUCAAAGCCUACGCCGAGACCCAAUUUGCCAAGCAGCGCGAAACACCGGUGUCGGAGUUCGACAUGAAGCGAUUCAACGGCGACCCCGCGAAAUGGUGGGAUUUGUUCUACAAAAACAACACGGCCAAUUUCUUCAAGGACCGCAAGUGGCUGCGCCAGGAGUUUCCCGUGCUGGCGGAUGUGACGCAGAAGGAUGCUGGGCCCCAGGUUGUUCUGGAAGUGGGCGCGGGUGCGGGCAAUACUGCGUUCCCAUUGCUGGCGAAUAACCAGAAUGACCAGCUCAUGGUGCAUGCGUGCGACUUUUCCAAGUAUGCUGUCAAGGUUAUGCGCGAGAGCGAACAGUACGACCCGACCCACAUGGUCGCCGAUGUUUGGGACGUGGCGGGCGAUCCCUCUGAGGAGAACGGCGACUCGCUUCCACCGGGUCUGACCGAGGAAUCGGUCGACGUGGUGAUUCUGAUCUUCAUUUUCUCUGCCCUAAACCCGGAUCAAUGGAACAAAGCCAUGCGGAACAUCUACCGCGUCCUGAAACCCGGCGGUCAGGUCCUCUUCCGGGACUACGGCCGCGGAGACCUUGCACAGGUGCGAUUUAAGAAGAAUCGCUAUAUGGGCGAAAAUUUUUAUGCUCGCGGUGAUGGCACGCGUGUCUACUUCUUUGACCAGGAUCAGCUGGUUAAUAUGUGGAGCCAGUGGACUCCUGGGAAGGGUCUACCCGAUGAUGAUGCGCCGAAAACAGGGGAUGGAGUGUUUGACGUCUUGCAUAUGGGCGCUGAUCGACGACUAAUUGUCAAUCGGCAGAGCAAGCUGAAGAUGUAUCGCUGCUGGAUGCAGGGGCAUUUCCGGAAACAUGGUGGGGAUGCUGCUACUGUGAGUACAACUGAAAAGGGCGAGUGA